ACCAGAGCCUCUAGGAGUGGUACUGAUUAUUGGAGCUUGGAACUACCCCUUCGUUCUCACCCUUCAGCCACUGGUAGGAGCCAUCGCUGCAGGUCUGGUGCCAUCUUAUGUCUUUACCCCUUUUUAAAGAGGGCUUAUUCUCUCAUAUUGGUUGUAAAUUAAGGAUAGUGGCUAAUUAAAUACAUUUACUUUAAUGGUUUGCCUGGGUUCACACCAGCAGGGUAUUAAGAAUUCAUAAAUAUAUAUAUUUUAAAGGCGCUGCUGAUGAGAUUUGUUUGACUAUUUUAUGAAACACCUGGGGAAUGAACCUGUGAGGGUGUAAAGGCAUGUGAGUCAACAAUUCCGGCAGUUUGGAGCCAGGCAUCUGUACUCUAAUGUGGUUUCAGUUGCUGGCUCUGGCCUUGGACCAACCAUUUGAUUCUGUCUGACUAGUUUCUUCAUACAAAUAAAGGCUAUGGGAGUAAUGCUAGCUUGGGUGUAUAGCAAAUGCUAAGAAAUUAAUUUUUAACUUUGUGAGAUCCAAAUCAACAGCUCUAUGUUGAUAUGGCUUGUUUGCCCAAUAAUUCCAGAGCAGAGAGGAAAAUCAAAGGGCAGAAUUGGGAAAAAAGUGACAGAAAGCUGGAGGAGUGGGAAAGGCUGAUGAAGCCCAUUUUCAGUGACCUGAAGAUAAUGACAACUAAGGAAUUAGCAUUUGAGAAGAAAGAAAUGCUGUGAUUAUCAAGCCUUCUGAACUAAGUGAAAAUACAGCCAAGAUCUUGGCUAAGCUUCUCCCUCAAUAUUUAGACCAGGACCUGUAUGUUGUUGUUAAUGGUGGUGUUGAGGAAACCACAGAGCUUCUGAAGCAGCGAUUUGACCACAUUCUCUAUACGGGAAGCACUGCAGUUGGAAAAAUUGUCAUGGAAGCUGCUGCCAAGCAUCUGACCCCUGUGACUCUUGAACUGGGAGGGAAAAGUCCAUGUUAUAUUGAUAAGGACUGUGACCUGGACAUUGUUUGCAGACGCAUAACCUGGGGAAAAUACAUGAAUUGCGGUCAAACCUGCAUUGCUCCUGACUAUAUUCUCUGUGAAGCAUCCCUCCAGAAUCAAAUCGUGCAGAAGAUAAAGGAAACUGUGAAGGAAUUUUAUGGAGAAAAUAUAAAAGAGUCUCCGGAUUAUGAAAGGAUCGUCAAUCUUCGUCAUUUUAAGAGGAUACUAGGUUUGCUUGAAGGACAAAAGAUAGCUUUUGGUGGGGAGACUGAUGAGGCCACACGCUAUAUAGCUCCAACAAUACUUACUGAUGUUGAUCCUGAAACCAAGGUGAUGCAAGAAGAAAUUUUUGGACCAGUUCUUCCAAUAGUGCCUGUGAAAAGUGCAGAUGAAGCCAUAAAUUUCAUAAAUGAACGUGAAAAGCCCCUGGCUCUCUAUAUAUUUUCUCAUAACAAUAAGCUUAUCAAGCGGAUGAUUGAUGAGACGUCCAGUGGUGGUGUCACAGGCAAUGAUGUCAUCAUGCACUUCGUACUCAAUUCGCUCCCCUUUGGGGGAGUGGGUUCCAGUGGGAUGGGAGCUUAUCAUGGAAAACAUAGUUUCGAUACUUUUUCUCAUCAACGUCCCUGUUUAUUAAAAAGUUUAAAGAGAGAAGGUGCUAACAAACUCAGAUAUCCUCCCAACAGCCAGUCAAAGGUAGAUUGGGGAAAAUUCUUCCUGUUGAAACAGUUCAACAAAGGAAAACUUGGUCUCCUGUUGCUCACUUUCCUUGGUAUUGUAGCAGCUGUGCUCGUCAAGAAAUACCAAGCUGUGCUGAGGAGAAAGGCCCUGUUGGUUUUUCUGGUAGUUCACAGACUGCGUUGGUCCAGUAAGCAGUGAUGAACAGCAGAUUUCAAAACCCGGCUCUGUCUGUUAAGAGUGAG